AUAAGCGCCGGCGUCUGCGCACGGCAACAAGUAGACAACAGCCAGCAGUUACAAUGGUCUCCGACUUCAGAAAGAAGAAGCUGUUGCAUUUGUUCAACAAGUUCUUCGACAGAGAUGGCAGCGGCUCUGUAGAUAAGAAGGACUUCGAGCAGGCGGCGGAGAACAUCUCCAAGCUUAGAGGAUGGAAACAAGGUGAUGCCAAAUACAAGGAGACCCUAGACGCCUUGCUGAAGGUGUGGGAUGGAUUACAAAAUGUAGCGGAUGCUAACAAGGACGGCGAGGUGACUGCAGACGAGUGGGUCACAAUGUGGGAAGCGUACGCCAAGAAUCCAUCAUCAGCGUACGACUGGCAGAACCAGUACUGCAAGUUCAUAUUCCAAUUGGAGGACGCCAGUAACGAUGGGGCCAUCGACAGCGAGGAGUUCUCUACAGUCUACGCUUCCUUUGGCUUGAACAAGGAGGAAGCGGUGACAGCUUUCCAAAAGAUGGCCAAAGGCAAAGCCAACGUCUCCUGGCCCGAGUUCCAGGAGUUAUGGAAAGAGUAUUUCGUCACCGAAGAUCCGAAUGCUCCGGGAAAUUUCAUCUUCGGAAGGUCUAGUUUCUAAUUUUUCAGUUUAAACCUAAAGACGUUUAGUUAGAUAAUUUUUUUAUUUAAAUUUUAAUUGUAGUGAAAUUUAAGAAUCUUAACUGUUCUCAUUAUUUUUUUAUUGUAA